AUGAAAGAUCCAAACCCUCCUUCCAAGUCCAGCAACACCGGGCACCAGAAGAAGGAUUUCCUCAUGGUAUCCGGCCUGUGGCUUUCUCCUGCUCCAUACCGUGGCCUAUUCUCCAUUUUCAGCCUGGCUCAUGGAUUGUUCUCACUUGUUCCCGAAGCCCAACGCCCAGCUCUGUGUCCGAACUAUGAUCCUGGCGUCAGCGAUGAUCUUUUCCACUGGAACACAUACACCGCAGUUUUUCUCCUCCUCCUCAAUCUCUCGGGUCUCUUGCGUGUCCUGGCAUUUUGGAACCUGAAGACCUCCUUUACCUUUCGCCUAGCUCGCCCUAACCACCUAAUCACCACGGGGAUUCACCGAUACGUCCGACAUCCCUCAUACACAGCUCUGGUCUUGAACAUUACAGCCUUGUUGAUGCUUUUCUUUCGGCAUGACGGACUCAUAGGCUGCUGGAUUACUUCAGGAAUUAUAUCCCGAGCGAUCGAGGUGGCAUUGCUGUUCUGGGGCGCGGUGAUAACCCCGAUAUGGUUCACAGUUCGAGUGCAGGAGGAAGAGACGAUGUUGCAGGAGACGUUUGGGAAGGAAUGGGAAGCAUACUGUGCACGUACAAAACGGUUUCUUCCAGGAGUAUUCUAG